UAGGAGGCAGCAUUGCAUCGAAACUGUUUCGACGUACACUGAAACACAUUUGAAGAAGUAUAAUUAGAUCUGACUACAUACAUUAUUGUAUGCUCUGUAUAGGUUUCAUGUUGUUAUGUUGUAGGAAUAACACUAAACAAAUGUAUCGCUACAUUACGAGGAGUGUUUGUGGAGGAGGAAACGCGUCCUUCUCUCAUUCUCUGUCACUGAAGCCAGGAAAAAAUAGAGACUGGAGUCCAGGGCAUUGCAGCUUCUUCUCUUGCCAUUCUGCUUCGGAUUUCCAAAUCCUGUCACUCAGGCCAGUACAAAGCAAUUAUUCUCUCUUCACUUUAAUUCACUAACUAUUUGACCUCAAAAUAAUGCAGAUAAAUAAUUAUAUCCAUGGGGGUCACCUGUGUGGUCACUCUGGGUGGGCAAUCAUUUUCGAAAACUGUGAGGGGAUGUCAAAUGGUAGCUAUUUCACAUACAUUUCACAUAACUAGGUAUGCAGAUGUAGUCAUGCAUCAAAUUUAAUUCCUUUUUGUCAUUCAAUCGACCAGACACAGACAACACCAUGUGCAAAGUCCUACCCGACCCAUGAGCUCCGGGCCAAGAAGAAGAAGAGCUCUGCCCAGUGCCUUCUCUGCGCUUGACCUGCCCCUCCAGCCUUUAUUUCGGCAUGUUUGCGAAGCUAACCUUAAAAACAGCACUGCCUGCCAAAACAAGUAUGAGGAGUUGAUGAAGAAGGUGAGAAAGGGGGGUGGGGAGAAUGCCAUUGCCAGACACACUCAGAGGAACAAUAAGUUGCUGGUAAAUGAUCGCCUUCGCCUGCUUUUGGAUGAUGAGGACUUCCUGGAACUUUCGCCGUUGGCUGGUUUGGGUCUCCCCUACGGAGAUAUCCCUUCAGCUGGAUGCUUAACAGGCAUAGGCCGGAUCAAUGGCCUGUGGUGCGUGUUCAUUGCCAACGAUGCCACUGUGAAGGGCGGCACCGCUUAUCCAAUCACAGUGAAGAAGCAGCUGCGGGCACAGGAAGUGGCCAUCCAGAACCGCCUCCCAUGUGUCUACCUGGUUGAUUCUGGAGGAGCGUUUUUACCACUUCAGUCAGAAAUCUUUCCAGACAAGAACCAAGGCGGAAGGACGUUCUACAAUGAAGCCAUAAUGUCUGCGAGGAAAAUCCCACAGGUGGCGGUGGUGUGUGGCUCGUGUACAGCUGGGGGAGCUUAUAUACCCACCAUGGCGGAGGAGACGGUGAUGGUGGACCGCAUAGGGACUAUAUUCCUGGGAGGCCCGCCACUCGUUAAAGCUGCCACCGGAGAGGAAGUGACACCAGAGAACCUGGGUGGAGCCAAGCUUCACUCUGAAGUCAGCGGCUGUGUGGACCAUUUUGCCAAGCAUGAGAAGGAAGCCUAUGAGUGCACACGAAACAUAAUUUCCACCCUGAACUUCGAACUUCCCCAGGAGGAAGACGAGCAGCGGUGGAAGGCCGAAGAGGAGCCUUUACAUGGCUGUGAAGAGUUGCUUCAACUGGCUCCACUGAAUUACAACCACAGUCUGGACGUCCGCAUGGUCAUUAGUCGUUUGACAGAUGGCAGCAGAUUCCAGGAGUUCAAAGCUCGCUAUGGCACCAACCUUGUCACUGGUUUUGCCAAGAUACACGGCCACCAAGUGGGUAUAGUAGCCAACAACGGAGAGCUGUCCAAUGAAGCAUCACUCAAAGGCAGCCAUUUUGUCCAGUUGUGUGACCAGAGAGACAUUCCCCUCCUCUUCCUCCAGAACACGGUGCCCAGAUCAAAGCAAACGCUGGACGUGGCGCAGGCAGAGGUCAACUCUAACUGUCUGAAGGCUCUGAGUUCGAUGAUGUCGGCGGUGGCAUGUGCUUCGGUCCCAAAGAUCACUGUUGUGAUUGGUGGUUGCCAUGGUGUCGACAGCUAUGCCAUGUGCGGGCGCUCCUUCGACCCCAACUUCUUGUUCCUGUGGCCCAACGCCAGAGUCUCUGUGAUCGCCCCAGGCCAUGCAUGCUCUCUGCUGCCCCCCGGUGGCGAAGAGGAGGAGGAGCAGGAUGCAAACAGGAAACUGGAGGAGGAGAGCUCCGCGUUCUUCUCAUCUGGUCGGCUCUGGGACGAUGGAAUCAUUCUCCCUCAGGAAACCAGGAAGGUACUCCGAGCCUGUCUAGACAUCAUCAGGCAACAGCAAUAUCAGAUCUCCACAGAGAAGCAAAGGGCCCCUCUGCUGAGGAUGUAGAGCCUACCUUAUACUGAGUAUAUGAGGAUACAGUAUACUGAGUAUAUACUGCAGCUUUUCCAGUCACACUAGAGAUGCCUUGUCUAAUCUUUUCAUUCAUUAGUCACUGGAAAUAAACUACGAAAUUAAUACAAAUGAAUAGAAAAGUAUUUGAAGUAGUAGGAAAAAAAUUUGACACAUUUUUCUGUAUGACGAUUGUUAGUGUUGAUAUUUGUGUGACUUCUGAUCAUUUAAAACACAUAUUGUGAAUGAGCAAUGAAAUGUAAAUCUGGUGUUUAUUUGUAUAAAACUAAAAUGUAUAUAUAUUUCGGACCGAUAUUAAACAUAGUACGAUACAAUA